UUAUUUUACUGUAUUUAAAUUCUGACAUUUGAGUAUUAUCCAUAUCCCAUUAAUUCAUUUUCAUCUAUUAUCACAUUUCACAACCCCAUUCUCCCAACGCAAUUUUUUUUUUCUUUCUAACAAUAAUAAAAAAAAAAACCCCUAAUUAGGUAAUUAAUGAAGAGAACAAAAUACUUGAGGACACACUUAGAAAAGCAGUGAUGAAAGACAAGAAAACAGUGAUAAUCACCACUCUAAACGCGGCAUGGACAGAGCCAAAUUCCAUUUUCGAUCUUUUCAUAGAGAGCUUCAAAAUUGGAAAUGGGACCGAAAAGCUGUUAAGGCACGUUGUGGUUGCGACUUUGGACCAAAAGGCUCAUUCUCGUUGUUUGAAAGCACGAUUUCUCCACUGUUACACUCUCACCACCCAAGCUGUCGACAUUUCUGGCGAAGCCUUUUUCAUGUCCGAAGAUUAUUUGAAGAUGAUGUGGAGAAGGAUUGAUUUUUUAACAACGGUUCUUCAGAUGGGAUUUGACUUCGUUUUCACGGAUGCUGAUGUAAUGUGGUUGCGGGACCCAUUCGAAACGUUCUAUCCAGAUGUUGACUUUCAAAUUGCAUGCGACUACUAUUGGUUCAAUUCAACGGACCGGAGCAAUUCGCCCAAUGGGGGUUUCAAUUAUGUCCGGUCCAAUAAUCGAACCGUCCAGUUUUACAAAUUCUGGUACGAGAGCCGAGAACGUUUCCCGGGGCAACACGACCAGGACGUGCUUAACAAUAUCAAGUUCAACCCAUUUAUCCAGGAUAUUGGGCUGGAGAUUCGGUUCCUGGAUACGGCCCAUUUCGGCGGGUUUUGUGAGCCCAGCAAGGAUCAGGACCUUGUGGUCACUAUGCAUGCCAAUUGUUGUAUUGGGCUGGGCAACAAGAUCCAUGACAUUAGGAUGGUGAUUGAUGACUGGAAAAAGUAUUUGUCGUUGUCUUCUAAUGAACGUAAUUUGAUUAGCAGGUCAUGGACUGUUCCAAGAAUUUGUGGCUAG